GUGAGCCAGUGCGAACAAACUGCAAUCACCUAACUGUUACCGCUUGUGACGAACGCGCGCGCCUAGGAUCGGCGCAAGAGACCGCACUCGAUUUACAUAUUCAAUUAUAACAAUAAAAUUUGAAUUUAGAAUCUGUAGAUUAUUUAACUAUUUUUUAAAAUAGGUUCGAAAAUAAAGCAAGGGGAAACUAAAACAAAUGAAGCCGAAGUGAAGUGAUGAAAUUUGGUUGUGAUUAAAUUCUUAAUUUUAAAGGAUAUAAGAUACCCGUGACAGUCAUGGCUGUCGACACUAAAAAUGUAGAGAAUAACAAAGUGUUUGAUAAAACUCUUAUUGCAAAUGGCGGUGACUUAAAUGGAACUAAUGUAAUUAGAAACAGCUUUAAAAAUAAUAAGAGUAAGGAUAACGGUAUUAAUACUGAAAAAGAUGUAGCGGAAAAUUGGGAAGGAUUAAACGUAUUCCAAAAAACUAGACGAGUAAUAUCUAUGAUCACAGUAGAGCCAAUUUUGGCGUGUUACGUGAUGCCGUCAGUAUUAUCUGCGUUGGCGACACAGAAUCUUUAUUUGGAGAAAGCUUGUCGAGUAAAUCUACAGUUUGACCAUCACGUAUGCGACGCUUUGACUAGAAGAGAAACAGCAAAUUACACAAUGGAAGAAGAAGCAGUACAAACUCUAGUAGCGUCUGUUGCGGGUUGGAAAACCGUUCUACAAUCAUUUUUGCCUUGUGGCAUCCUGAUAUUUCUUGGAGCAUACAGUGACAGAGUAGGCCAGAGGAAAUUUUGCAUGCUUCUGCCAAUUAUUGGUGAAUUUUUGACAAGCAUCGGUCUCAUAGUAAAUACUUAUUUUUUCUAUGAGUUACCUGUGGAAGCUGCAGCGGUGACUGAAGCAAUAUUCCCAGCAUUGACUGGAGGCUGGUUCACAAUGUUUAUGGGAGUGUUCAGUUACAUAGCUGACGUGACUACAGAGGAACAGAGGACGUUAAGAAUAGGAAUUGUGAAUCUGUUCCAUUCUGUAGGAGUGCCUGUAGGCGCGGCACUCAGUGGGAUAUUAGUGAGAAAAAUAGGUUUAUAUGGUGUGUUUUCUGUGAGUGCUACGUUGUAUAUCCUCAGUUUCCUAUAUGGGUACUACAGGAUUAAGGAAGUGAAGAAAGUUAAUCCAGACGUGGAGCCAGCAAAAAAUUGUUGUGAUUGGUUGCGAAAUUUCUUCGACACGCGGUAUGUUAAGGAAACAUUGAUGGUGGCGUUUAAACAUGGCCCCAACAACCGGAGGUUGAGAGUGAUCAUGCUGGUUGUUGUGCUUUGUGUCAUUAUUGGACCCAUUUAUGGUGAGAUGUCUGUAAUGUACUUGUUCACGAGGUACCGCUUCAAUUGGAACGAGGUUGACUUCAGUAUGUUCUCUACUUACGCAAUGUGUACUUCAUUAGUAGGAACUUUAUUUUCUGUCGGCGUGUUUAGUCAUUUAUUAAAGUUUGACGAUGCUAUUAUUGGAGUUAUAUCUUGCACGAGCAAAAUAUUAUCUGGAUUUAUGUACGCUUUCGCAACUAAAACGUGGCAGAUUUAUAUAGCACCACUGAUCGAAAUAUUUAACGGUACGUCGUUUAUAGCUAUGAGGUCGAUGGUGUCCAAACUAGUUGAGAAGGACGAGUUGGGUAAAGUGAAUUCAUUCUUCGGCUUGGCGGAAGCGAUGAUGCCUCUCAUCUACGCGCCCAUGUACACAACAGUCUACACAGCCACAAUUAAGACGUUCCCUGGAGCUUUCUUCCUUCUAGGAGGCGGACUUACAAUGCCAGCUGUUGUCAUAUUCUUGUGGCUAUAUUUAGCUAACAAGAAAUAUCUCGCGUCAGAAAACAGCAAGAGCAACGAAAAAGAGUUAGAAAGCAAAGCAGCAGAAAUGGUAGAGAAAGCGGGAGUUGAUAACAGAGCCUAUGUACCAGAGGAAGAAAAUAAAACGAAAUCACAAAACACAUCACAAGCUGCACCUGAUAACGACAGUUGCGUUAACCAAUCACAAAUAGAAAUGGGAUUUACGGAAAGCAUGCUUUGUAACAGUAAAGUGCAACAUUAAUGGAGAAAUCAUUUCAAAAGUUAAUGUGGAAUUAUUUGCAAGACUUUUGAAAGCAAUAGUUGCCUGUUUGUUAUUGAUUCACCAAAUUAGAUUGUGAUUCCAUGACUUCGAAGAUGCUAUGAUAAUAAUCACGUAAUUGUGGUAAAUUAUACCCUAAAAAUCGGCUUUUAAAUUGCACCAAGUUUUACCGGAACAGAUCACCAAUGGUUACGUAAAUGUACCUGUGAAUGGUUAAGAAUAAUUUUUAUGUUAGAAAAUAAACAAUAUUAAUUGGUAGUUUACGUCUGUAAAGAGUUGAAUGUACAAAUAUACUUUAUUUAAUGUGAUAACUAUUAUUAUUUGGGAUUCUUUAUUAGAAUACAGUUCCUUCUUUUAAGUUUAAAUUAAUUUAUUAAGUAUUUUUAGUUGUUUUAUACAAUAGGUUUCUUUUAUGCAGAAAUUAUUAUGUUCCAGUUACAAAAUGGUUAUAUGAAAGAUGAAUAUAUUUAUGAUAUUGCUGAAAAUGUUAUUUAUUACAAUGUUACAAUAUUAUAUAAAUAAACGACAAGCAAAAUAUACUCACUUAGGCUUUGAAUUUUUUUUAUAAUGAAGAUUUACUUCAAUAGCCUGUUUCUCAAGUUUUAAGUAAAUAAUUGACAGUCUUCAUUUUAUUAUGACUUAUUUAAGAGUAUAGAUUAGGGUGUGAUUUUUGUAUGUACUAAGAAGUUAUAAAACAGACCCUCAGAAUUGUAAAUUUAAAUCAAUGUUGUUUGUUAUCUAUACUCAAAUGUUCAGACAUUACGUAUUUUUGCGCAUAAAGAUACUAUUAUAUUAUAUUAUAGAAAUAUUAUAUUUUAUUGUUAUCUUAUAGGAAAUAUUAUUAACAACUGUACGUACAUAAAUAAUGUCCAUGACUAAAAACAUCUCAAUACUUAUACUAUACCUAAUAUACUUAGUUAUAAAAUUAUGAUCAUGGGUUAUAUUAGAUUAGUUAAAUUCUGUAAAUAAUAAAUGUGACCCAAAUGUGGAACCAAUAUUUUAUAUUAAUAUGCAAAAUUACCGUGAAUUGUAUCUUUGAACCAAAUUAUAAUUGUAAAAUCGAUGUUAAGUUUCUAUUUGAUUUUAUGGCUUAAAUGUUAAUCGUAAUGCAAGAAUCGAGGAAUGUGAUUUCAAAUUUAUUUUAUAAUAUAAUAUACUUAGUAAUAUGUUGAAAAAUCGUUAAAUUUAUAUUAGAUUAUUUAACAGAAGUUACUUUUUAUAUUAGAGGACAUGUAGUCCUUUUAAUUAAAAUUAAACAAAUCACUUUUAAGCAGAUUUAAAUAUACGUUUUUAUAUUACAAUUCACAUAUUCGUGUGUACUUAUAUUUGUGCAAUGCUAGCAGUACCAGUGUGCUGAGAAUGUACUUUAAUAUAGCCAAUGGCGAAAUACUUGAUGUUAUGUAAAUUUUUAGUAUACGUUGAAUACAAAUGAGAGAAAUGUUAAAAAUGUAUAAAAAUCUCUUUCCCAUCAGACCGUUUAAAUUUUUAGGUACAGGGCAAUUAUCGAAAGCUGGCGCAUAACGCGUUCCCGAGUUGCGUCUGUGUGUGUUCUGUAAAUGAACAUACGUGUCGCCAUGACAACGCUUUGCUCACACAUCAACAGUCAUAACAUACAGAGUGAUGUUUUAUUGACAUUAUAAUAUAGUAGUACAUUAUAGUCGCAGUCUCUUCAAUUA